CCAGGCCAGGCCCCCCGCGGCCGCGCGCUCCGGGCUCCAACGGCCUCAACGGAAGGAGGCGCGGGGGGCAGAGGCGCAUCAGUCUGGGGGGGACCCGGGCGGGGGCCGUUGGGGAAGCCGCGGCCUGGACCGGGACCCACCGGCGGCUCCCCCUGGGGCAGGGCUCUGACCCGCACUCGGCCUGCGGUCCAUCCACGUCGAAGCAAAUGGCUGAAAGGGCCUCAGCCCUGAGAAGGAAUCGGAUCUUCCCGACCACCCCUAGCCGGAGGGAGCUGCUGGAGCAGCAGGUAGAAGAACUGGUGCCCGCCUUGCUGUGCUUGGACGACCUUUCCAUUGUUCAAUUUAUGGAAACGUAUCCUGAAUUUGGCACCACCGAAGAGAUCCUGGACCUGCUGUUUGCAAAAUAUGGAUGCAACAAAUAUCUGAAUGAUGACAUCGUGGGAUCCGUGGAGCAGUGCAAAGUGGCCAUCUCCUGCAUCCUGGACAUCUGGCUGGACUACAUCAGGAGGAUUUUCAUCAGCCACCAGAAUUUCUCUUCCUGA